AUGAGGAGCCAAAACUGCUGCAUCGAAAUCAGAGAUGCAAGCAUCUCCUUGGCUUUUGGUGUUUCCAUGGAGCGGAGCGUCCACCUUGACUUCACAUCCUCAUCUUUGCAUAUUAACCUCCUAGCUUCAGGAGACUUGCAGUACCAGGAAAUAGUACCAUCUCAGCAGAUAAAGGGCACAGAGCACGAUGCAUGGAGCCAGCCUUCUCAGCCAAGGGGCAGAGCCAUUGAAGCUACAAAUAACUUUGGGCUGGUGAGCGUGGUGGCUCAGGCCGUUUUACAGGAGUGGAUUCAAAACCUGUGCAUAGGUUUUGAAAGGAAGGUGACCAUCACUUUCUGUGAUCUGAGUAUUUUCUUGCAUACACCUCAGCUAGCCUGUAAAGCAGCUCUCCCGCUCACUGCUAUGUCCACACCGCUGGAGGAUGCAAUGGACACCCUGAUCAGGAUUUUCCAUCACUACUCUGGCAAAGAAGGAGAUAGAUACAAGCUCAGUAAAGGAGAACUCAAGGAGCUCCUCACCAGUGAGCUCACUGACUUCCUUUCAGGCCAAAAGGAUCCCCUUCUGGUUGAUAAGAUUAUGAAAGAUCUGGACUCCAAUAAAGACAAUGAAGUGGAUUUUAAUGAAUUUGUUGUUCUGGUUGCUGCUUUGACUGUGGCAUGUAAUGAUUUCUUUGAAGAACAGCUAAAGAAAGAGGGAUUUUAA